AUGGUCGUCAAAAUCCGCCUUGCCCGCUUCGGGCGCAAGAACUCUCCCUUCUACAACAUUGUCGUCGCUCAAGCUCGUACUGCUAGAAACUCGCGACCUCUCGAAGUCAUUGGCACAUACGACCCUAUUCCCAAGUCCGACCCCCAUGACGAGUCUGGCCGUCUGCACAAGGAUAUCAAACUGGACUCCCAGCGCGCAAAGUACUGGAUUGGUGUCGGCGCCCAACCUACCGACUCAGCGUGGCGAUUGCUGUCAAUGGCUGGCAUUCUGCCCAAAAAGCACUUUGGCCCCAAGGAGCCUGCACCAACCGCGACGGUCGAGACCGACAAGGUUCAGGUCCGUUGA